CUCACCCACCCCCCCAACCACGCACCCACGCAAAGGCUAAACUCGUACUAUCCUACUGCUGAUGAAAAGUUACACCUACCCACCCCCACUCACCCAACUACCCCACUUACCCCAUCUCACCCACCCAUUACCCUACUCCCCCGUCUCACCCACCCACUUCCCUACCCCACCCCAUCUCACCCAUAACUCUAAACCCCCUACCCACGCCCCCACCCACCUCCAUCGCUCACUCAUACACUCUCUUCAUGCCUUCUUUUUCAUGCUUCAAGGUCUUACUCAACAACACCUCAGUUUCAUCUGGUAAUUGAAGGGCUUCUAAUCUUGGAACUGUUCAAUCUCGUCCCAGCUGAGUCUGAUAAUGUCUGGAAGAAUCCUCCCUAAUUUGCCUAAGUGGAAGAGAGGAAACUAGAUGGAGGAUAAGUUUAUUUUCUUAUCUUCAAAUGGAUUCAUAUACUAGUUGAAUGAGCAAAGAUAUAAUUUCCCUGUUUGUUUUCCAGAAGCUGGUGGAUCUGAGUGAAGUCCUGUGGAAUGAACAGCUUGUUUCAUGCAUGUUCUACUGCAAUAUUAACAAGGACUAGCCAUCUUGUUGUGAAGCGUCCAAUCUGUGUAUUUCCAUCUCUUUCAUGGAAGACAAACUUUUGUCAUGCUAGAAUUAGAAAAGUUGAUGCCAACUCAUAUUUGAAUAGAGCUUAUGUUCGCUGCUAUUCGUCCAAAAAGCAUAGUGGAGAUAGUUCUCAAUCGCAGAAUUCUGAUUCCACUCCAGCAAUGAAGGAAGAGAGUGGUUUCUUUGUUGUUAGGAAAGGAGAUCUGGUUGGAGUGUACAAAAACUUGAGUGAUUGCCAAACCCAAGUCGGAUCAUCGAUAUGUGAUCCUGCUGUUAGUGUUUAUAAAGGCUACGCUAUGCCUAAGGAUACAGAAGAAUAUCUUCUCUCUUGCGGGCUUAAAAAUGCACUCUAUUCUAUCAGAGCUGCAGAUCUUACCGAAGAUCUCUUUGGGACUCUAGUACCAUGCCCUUUUCAGCAACCUUCAUCUUCAAAAAGUGGAACAUCUGAUCAUUUGCCAAAGAAGAGGCCACAAGAAGCAGUGUGGUCAGAAUAUGCGGAUGGUGUUGGAUCAGCAGCUAUUUCAAAUGAUUCCGGAAGAAAGCAUGUCAAGUUAGAACAUCAUAAGCCUGACCAAGUUCUAGCUCUACCAUCUGGUCGUUCUUGUACUCUCGAAUUCGAUGGUGCUUCAAAAGGAAAUCCUGGACAAGCUGGUGCAGGAGCUGUUAUACGGGCUGACGAUGGAAGUUUGACCCUCAGGCUACGUGAAGGUUUAGGAGUGGCAACAAGCAAUCAUGCUGAAUACAGGGGCUUUAUUUUGGGUUUGAAACAUGCACUUAGAGAAGGAUUCACAAGCAUUCGUGUUCAGGGCGACUCCAAGCUUGUUUGUAUGCAGGUCCAAGGUCUGUGGAAGGUUAAAAAUCAAAAUAUUGCCACAGUGUUUGAGCAGGCAAAACAACUGAAGGAACGGUUUGUUUCUUUCCGCAUCAUUCAUGUCCUUCGGGAGUCAAACUCUGAUGCAGAUCAGCAAGCAAACUUGGCUGUUGAACUUCCUGAGGGUCAAAUUCAGGAGGAGGUAGAGAAAUGACAAAGCUACAGAGAUGGUUUUCGAGUAGAUUUGCAGAAACAUAGUAAUGGUACACACAAGGAUUUCUAUGCGCUAAACCACUAGGUCCAGUGCUUGGCAGAAUCUUGAUUCUUUGAUGGUCUCUGCAUAUUAUGCCAGCAUUCUUUCCAAACCAAAAAAGGUUUGUGCUAUGAAACCUUAAAUACACUUAUGGUGCUAUCAUUCACUGAUUUAGUGUUUGAUUUGGAUUAAUCUUAUUGCAAUUAGGAGUUAUGUAAAUGUAAAUUGGAACAAAUAUUACCAUUAUUGGCUUCGAAUUCUCAGCAAUGUGUUGUGUCGCGCUCUACGUUCCCCAGAUACUCAAGAAAGAUAAUGGAAAUUAUUGAUGCAAA